AAUAGCAACAAUAAUAAUCUGUCAUCCACAAUGUCAUCGUCCUAUAGAAAUGGUAGCAACAGUAGAACAGAUGCAUAUCAGACUAGUUACGGAAACAGUAGCAAUAGCAAUAGUAAUUUGAUUAACAAUAACUGUUCUAACCAUGAUAGCCGAAGCAAUAUCGAAAACCUGUACGAAAAUGGCGAAGAAGUCUUAGAUUUGGGCGAUCUAGACCUGUCGCAGUUGCGAUUAUCAAAGAAAGACCUAGAGGCGCUUUCCAGUAUCACGCCAUCGUUGUCGCAACGUGUACAGGAGCAACUCUUAGCCCAGCUUCCUCCACAACAAGCCAAAAAGCUUUCCAGAACCUUGUCAAUGCAAAAUGGAAACAAUAUAUCCAAUCCCUACUCAAGCACAACUAAAGUAUAUAAACGCAGCUCAAGCAGUAGUGCAGGCCGUACCGUAGACGACUCUAGAGACAGUAUUACACCUACGAACGACAUGUUCGACAAUGAUGUGUACCUCCAGAAGAUAUCGUCGAAGAAGCUAGACCGGAGCUCACGCAGUUCCAGCAACUCAAGAGAUAUCGCAUCACCACCUCCACUUCCACCACCUAAUUUCAAUGACGAUUAUGGAACAUCUUCAUCAUCUCGUUUUCCCUACGCAAACGAGAAUCAUGAACGAUUCCGAUCAUACGAGAAGUACACACCCUACCUAACGAACUCCCACAACGAUUCAGAACACGAACGAAGCAAAUCUCUUGAAUACGACAAGAAGUUCAGUUGCUAUGAAUCGCUCCCUCCACGCACAUCUUGCCUUAGCCCUACAAACGAAAGCUAUGGUAGACCGCCAAGCGGUUGUAUUUCUCCCCCACCCAUAUCCACGUCGUCCGGAUAUUCCAGCCAACGUUCGACACGACGAAUCUCCAGGUUCCUGCGUCCGGACUUUUUUGAUCCACCAAAAGAAUCCAGUGACCAGGAGAAGCUGAAAAGAGAGCAAGAAACCCAAAACAUUUUAAGAGAAAUACGGGGAAAAAGCCGUGAGCGAAGUGUAGAUCGUAGCUUUAGUUCAGAAUACACGGAUAAAAGUUCUGAUCGCUUGAACUACUUUAUUCAGAAAUAUCAAAAAGACAAUAGCACAGAGAGUAGCAAUCUAUACAGAUAUAAUAGUAGCGAACGAAACGAAGUGUUAGUUCCACCAAGAGACAGUCAUGAUCAACGAAAUCGAAGAAGUAUAUCCAGACCGAGAGAAGUUGUGGAUUCCAAUAUUGCAGUACUAGAUAAAAUAACAGCAAGCAGUACAUUCGCCGAAAAAAUACUUGACGAACUUCACAACUUAGCAACAUCGCAGAACAUUAAAAACGUUAUCGAGGAGGUUGCACCAAGGAAAAGUAGAAGCAAGGAGCUGAUUCCAGACAGUGUAGUUGCGGAAGUUAUCAAACGAGUAACCCCAGAGCGAAAUGCAGUUACCAACUGUCUUGAGUGUAGCAGUAACAGCACCCCGAAACAACCAGAAGAAAACGAUUCUACAAGCAACAAUAAUGCAGUUCCUGAUGAACCACUAACUGAACCAGCUGUCACUACAAAAGUUGUAAAAGUGAAGAAGAUAAAAAUGAAACCAAAACUAGACGCCGAUGGUAAUCCUGUGACAGUAACGGUGAGAAGAAUCAAAAAAGUAGUCAAGUCAAGUGCUGAAGGUACUCCAGCAGUAACUCCCGUAGAAGAAACUGUCGCAGAUGACAAAAGCCUAACUGAAAAGCCACGAGUUGUGAAGAAAGAAUCCAAAUUGGUAAGGCCGAAAUCUUACCCAUCCAAAGAUCCGGAACCAUUGAAGUUGAAGGCCGUUGAAUCUUCAUCUUCAAAGCUUUCCACGACUCCACUGAAUGAAUCCGAACCAUCAUCUUGCAGCACUUCAUCUAACGCAACCCCGAAUGCAGCAACGGUCAGUAAGUUAGUUCGACCGAAAAGUUUUCCAUCAUCAAAAUUAACCCCGCCAAAAGACACGAAGGUUGUGAAAACUUCAAUCGAAGCUCAGCCACUUAACGUAAUUCCAGAAAAUCCUGAAAACAAAAAGAUCAUGAAUGAAGCCACAUCUUCACAAGUAGUAUGUAAGGAAAAAACGCCCCCAAAAACAGCCACUGUCAACGGAACAGCCACUAAUGAAGGCACAGUGACACCAGCAGUAACCCCAGGAACAACUAAGAAAGUGCGCAAAGUAAUACGCAUUGUGAAGAAAUCAGCGGCAUCGAAAAGUGAUUCGUCCACCAAAAGUAGCAGUGAGGAGAAAACCGCCAAAGAAUCAACCACAAGCACAAAAGUAAUUGAUGAAGUGAAAGAAUCGAAAGAAGUCAAAGAGAAACGAGUUGAAAUAAUAACCCCGGAGCCGAUUAAAAAAAUUCCCAAAGAAAAAUCCAAAUCUCCAGAGAAGAAAAUCAAACAAGGAUUCCUCGCUACCAUUGGUCAAAAGUUUGAAAAAUUCCGGGAGUCUAGUAAAAUGUCGAAAGAUAAGAAAACAGAAGGUAAAGUAGCAGACAAGGAGGCAGAGAAAACAAUCCAGGAAGAUAGUGAUCGAGCAAUGGAUACGCUGAAAAAAGAGAAAAAGAAAAGCCGCAGUGUAACAAACGCGACAUCAUUACCGGAUGAUGCACCAGUAAGUGAGGAGAAGAAUGCGCGAAAAUCUAGGAUAGAUAAAGUCAUUAGGAAUCUACGUGAGAUGUCGGUGCCACGAUCGUCGGGGCUGACAGAGUCCACCCUUAUCAAGCGAGCCGUCAGCGUUGAAGAAAUGCCCGGGACUUUCAACAAGUGCAGCGUGAACAAGGUACUAGGUUUUUUUAAGAAGAUUGAAAAAGACACCAAAAAUAAUCGAGUUCUCAAUACAAAGUCAUCUAGUCACAUCAGCACGAUGGAUACUACCGAAACUCUUAGUGCGUUGGAAACAGUCAUUGCACAACGGGAUAGUCAAAUGACACCAUCGGAGGAACAAGGAAAGGAAAGGCCCAAGUCAGGAAGCUUUGUUAGCAAAAUUCGCAAACCAUACAUUGGAGCACGAAGUGAUACUGUGCUCACCAUGACGGAGCAAGAGUGUAAGUCCAAUGGAACGGUACCGGACAAACAAAACGGUGACCACCAAACUCACAUCCCGGUUAAGUAUAGUUGUCCUGACUGUAAUAAAGAAGGUUCUAACAAAGAUGUAUCGAAAAGGCAUUCCUCCGCUUUGACUGAUGCGGCGAACCACUCGCAGGACGAGAAAGAACGCGUCAGGAACAGCCGCCGAGCACUGACACUGGACUUGAGCAAGCUCGGUGAAAGUCGUCAUGUUCAAAGCAAUAACAACAAUUACAGCUAUCCACCCCCAUUACCUAGUGAAAUUAUGCAAAACAGCAACCACGUUACCACCUCAAACAACAACACAAUGAAUAUGAACAUGCUUACACCAUCAUACGACAGCAUCACCAAUUACUCUUCGGGUUCGAGAAGUAGUCCUUACGACGAUUGCAACUCCUCCAGCACAUUCAUGUCUCCAUCAGAAGAACACGAACUCUACUUUGAUAACUGGUCGAUCUGCUCAGAUGACCACAACAACAUGCUUAGCGCUUCGCCAUCCACAUCGCGACUGUCGAGGCUAACCUAUGUGAACUCUGUCUCUCCGGUAGAUAACGAUUCCGAGAGUGUAAUUGAACGGAUUCGUCGGAAAAGUUUCUACACCCGAUUCAAUGAACAAAAGCCUCGAAGAGUAAGCUCAAUCCUAGCGCCGAGCAGCUCUAAGGAGUACUAUCGCGAUCAGUCUCUUUCCAGAGGUGGACCAUCGUCCACUCGUUUGAAGGAGUAUGGUAAGUCAUCAUCGUCUUCGGUAGCGAGCGCUUUGACUAGUGUCGAUCGCCCCAAAAACAGCUACGAUUAUUACCGCUCACUUACCAGGACACCGAGUUCCUCCAAGAACAAGUAUGCGGAUUCAACCGACGAGUAUUCCAAAUCUUCGUUAAACAACAGUGACUACUAUCAUCACCAUCACCACCAUCACCAUUACCAUCUUCCUUUGUCUAACUCGUCACGGAAACUCAAUUUCUCCAGUAACGAUUCUUCCGAUAACCUUAAUUAUAACACUGUCGGCAAAUCCUCAUUAAGAAGUACAUACUACGAAACCUCGUCACCACCGUACUACAACACAUACAAUCCUCGACGGCGAUCCUCGUUUACCAGCAAUAGCACAACAGCUAAUCUAACCUCGUCCUCUUCAUCGAUAGCAUUAGACACUGCCAACACAGGAAAAGAAACGCGUGACACCGUGCCAAAGUCUACUGCGACGGCAGCGAUGACAGCUGGGCAAUCCACUGGAACGGGUACCAACUCCUCGUCUUCUACGACGAUUUCCGCGACGGAUGGCCUGCCUAGCCAGGGAAGUAGUUCGCGAAAGCUACGCCCGUACGACAGCCGGAGCAUUUCGAUGUUGAAUUCCUCCUCCAUCAAAGAGUCGCGAUAUGGCGGUUACGACAGUGCAGGGAUUAUCAGAAAUGGUCGUCUCAGAAACUCGUCAAUACCUCGGAACCCCACCAACGUAUGAUCGUCAGUGAACAACGACUGCGAUAUGUAUUACAAUUUCUAGCGAUUGAGCCCCGAUUGAGAAGCAAUUAUUAUAUCUAGGCGUAAAAGAAUGUUUUAAUUGUAUUCAUAGGGAUUAGCAUUUUAAUGUUAAAGUUAGUCAAGUUACUUUCCAACGCCAAAGGUGAAAGCAGAAGAACAAUGAAUGAAACCAUCAAGCUUAUGAAAGAGAGAGAUGAAUAAGACAGAAUGGAUUUUGUACAUUUAUUUUAAUUGUAAUCAAAAAAAGAACGAACCCCACUUUAGUGCUAAAAACUAUUAUGUCUGUAUAGAGAAAGAAAUAUUUAGAAUCAAAUUUAUUGAAGAACAAACAAUCGUUGAAAUAAAUAAAUUCUUAGUCAUGGCAGA